UGGGAGAUACUUCACAGUGGAACGCGCUGUGUGUUGGGGAGGAAAACGUGUGAACGUGUGUGUAUCUCUCGUAUUAUGUAGAGUGUUUAAAGUUGUAGAAAGACGUGUAAAUACUGCAGUUAACCUGAUACAUUACUAGUUUAAAUAUAGAGGAGACACCGGACGUGACGCUGGAACAAUCUGGAAGACAGCAUGAAAAAGACGGAGAAGAAGAGUGAGGAGGCGUUGCCGGGGCAACCAGCCGGCUACGUGGUGGGCCAGGUGUGUGGGAGUUUGUUCCAGGAGGAGUCUGCAGCCUCGGGGUCGCUGUCGUCUCUGUUCAGCAGAACCACACCAGCUGGACCUCUGCUGUUCCAGCCUGUAGCCAAGCUUGUUCAGAAGAGCACAGAAACAAAGGAGCCCCAGAGGGCCAGCCCAGAGGUCAGAGGUCAGCCUCAGAAGAAGAAGAAGAAGCUGCUCAAAGAGAAAACAGAAGCCGACCAGAAGCUGGAGCACAGGGAGAUCAGUUUACAGAACGCCGACGAGGAGGAGGAGGGAGGGCCGGGGAAGAAGAGGAAGAGCAGCAAGAGGAAAGCCGCGGCGGAGCCGGGCGGCGAGAGCGAGGCCGAGCAGUGGGUGAUGAAGAGGCAGAGGCUGAAGGCCAGGAAAGAGGAGGAGGAGAUGAAGAGGAAGAGGACGGUGUUCGUAGGAAACCUGCCCAUCAGCUGCACCAGGAAGACGCUGCAGAGCCUCUUCAGGGACCAAGGAUCCAUCGAGUCCAUCCGCUUUCGAUCUGUGGUCCGAGAGGAUCCCGCCAUGUCCCGCAAAGUAGCCGCUAUCCAGCGUAAAGUCCAUCCCAAAAAGCAGAGCAUGAACGCCUACGUGGUGUUUAAAGACGAGGACGGAGUCUCCAGGGCGCUAGAGAGGAACGGCAUGGAGAUCGAGAAAGACUUCCACAUCCGGGUGGACCGAGUGACGGACAACUCGGCGCACGAUCACAAGCGCUCCGUGUUCGUGGGGAACCUUUCCUUUGAGAUCAAAGAGCUGACUUUCCGGCGCCACUUUGAGAAGUGCGGCCCGGUGGAGGCUGUGCGACUGGUGCGAGACCAGAACUCUGGACUGGGGAAAGGGUUCGGCUACGUCCUGUUUGAGAGCGCCGACUCGGUGCAGCUGGCGUUGGAGCUGGACGGCAGCCAGCUGGAGGCCAGGGCCAUCCGGGUGAAGAGGUCGGUGAAGAAGGAGAAGCAGAAGAACAAAACGGACGGAAAAAAAGGGAGCGCGGGGAGGCCCGGCAAGGGCCCGGCGAAGGGCCCGGGGCCGGAGAGAGGAGGAGGCGGCCGGGGAGGCUUCAAGUCGCCGAAGAAGUUCUCCGGGACGCAGCCGAGGUCGAGCAAAAGCUCGGGCUCCUUCAGAGGAGAGAUGGUGGAUCCAAACAAAAAGAGCAAACAGAAAGGACUGAAGAAGAAGAAGCCAAAAAAGCCAAAAAAGACCGUUCAUAUCUGAUAUCUGAUCCACAUUAAAGAAAUGAGUAAUAUGUCUUGGGAGUGUUGUGUGUGUGUGUGUGUUUAGUAUUUUCUGUAUUAUUGUCUAUUAAUGAGAUGAUUCCCUGGUUAUCCCUUUAAUAAAUGAAUUAAAA